ACUCACUGUCCGGCAUCGCUAGACAUACCAGGAGGAGGUGACAAACCUCCCUGCACUUUACAAAAGCUACAGACAAGAAGUUCUGCAGGACAGAGAUACCCAGAGUCAAGAGCGGACCAUCAGGAUAGAGACUAAAGGAUCUUGAAGAAACAUCUAACAAGGAGUGACGGAUCUCUUUGAGGACCCUCUAGGAUUCUAGUUAACCUAUCUGGGACACAUAUUCUAGCCUCAAAACUUUUGAGGGUGCACUUCAGGAAGAGUCUGCGUAAACUUUUACACCACCUUCAAUGGAGGAUCCGAUGUCAGAAAUGUCCAUGGUACCGUUUUCAUCACCAACAGAAUCUUCCAGAAGCAACUCCACAGAUGACAGCCAAGACGGUAAAAGCCCAGCUCCUGGAAAGGUCCUGAACACGGGACUUCUUUGUAAAGUGUGUUCUGACACCAGCAGUGGGAAACACUAUGGAAUAUACGCUUGCAACGGUUGCAGUGGCUUUUUCAAGCGCAGUGUGAGGCGCAGACUCAUCUACAGAUGUCAGGCUGGUACAGGCAUGUGUCCUGUGGAUAAAGCCCAUCGAAAUCAGUGCCAGGCCUGUCGCUUAAAGAAAUGCCUUCAAGCUGGAAUGAACAAGGAUGCUGUUCAGAAUGAACGUCAGCCCCGCAGCACUGCACAAGUCAGAUUAGAUGCAUUGGAUGUGGACAAGGACAAGGAGCACCUCGCCACAACCUUGGAGCCCACCUCCUCAUCCACCUGCUCUGUCAUCAGCCGCCCACUGCUGGGCUCCUCCAUCAGCUCCAGCAUCAGCUCCACAGAUGGUAGCCAACACUCCAACAGUCCCAAAAAUGGACACCGCUUUAUGGCCAGUCUGAUGACAGCUGAGACUUGCGCAAAGCUGGAACCAGAGGAUGUGGAUGAGAACAUUGAUGUGACCAGUAAUGAACCUGAAAGGAGUUCUCCGAUGUACGGCAGCGCUCUCUACCCCUCACGUGAACCCGAGAGUGUAUAUGAGACCUCAGCUCGUCUUCUCUUUAUGUCUGUUAAAUGGGCCAAGAACCUGCCAGUAUUUUCACAUCUACCUUUCAGAGACCAGGUGAUUCUGCUUGAGGAAGCAUGGAGCGAGCUGUUUCUUCUAUGUGCAAUUCAGUGGUCUCUACCUCUGGACAACUGCCCUCUGCUGUCUCUGCCUGACCUCUCACCCACAGGACAGGGAAAGGGAAGCCCCUCUGCCUCAGAUGUGAGGGUUCUGCAAGAGGUGUUUAGCCGGUUCAAGCCCUUGCAAGUGGAUCCAACCGAGUUUGCCUGCUUGAAAGCCAUUGUUUUGUUCAAACCAGAAACACGAGGACUUAAAGACCCCGAACAGGUAGAGAACCUACAAGAUCAGUCCCAAGUACUGCUUGCUCAACAUAUUCACACACUUUACCCCAGUCAAGUUGCCAGGUUUGGGAGACUAUUACUUCUCCUUCCCUCCCUUCACUUUGUGAGCUCAGAGCGAAUCGAGCAUCUUUUUUUCCAGAGAACAAUCGGGAACACACCCAUGGAGAAACUCUUGUGUGACAUGUUCAAAAACUGAGGAGCUUUUUCUGAAAGACUUGUUUAGAGGAAUGAAAACCUCUUGAAUUCAGGGGCUUUGCUUUACUGCCAUGCUAGUUGCUAUGCUUUUUAUCUGUGUGAAUGCUACGAUAAACACACAUGUAUAUAUGCUUUUUUAUUAUUUUUGCAUAGGUUGCUUAUUUUGUCUCAUUAUGUGUCAUCUAUUUUUAUUUGUCCUACUGUAGAGAUUUUUUUUAAUAUCUGUAAUAUUGCCCAUAAGUCUAUGCAUCUCCAUUAUGUGGAAUCUCAGAUACUUGGCACAGCCUGUUUAUGUAUUUCAUUUUGAGAAAAAUGCCUUCCAAGCGCAUUAUAAUGCAAGUUUACUUAGAAUAUGUUUGAUGAUCAGUUUGAUAUCAACAUCUGAAAGGAUUGAUAAACAAACACCCUUCUUAAAGAGGGCACUUUUGGUAAAAGUUGAAAGAUAUGCCUCAUAUUUGUAGGACUUGUAAGAAAUAAAAUGUAUUAUUGGU